AGGAAGUUGCCACUGCUCCUGUCAUCUCUUAGCCGCCUGGGAUUACCAAGUUGGUAGUUGGCACUUCUAGUUCUGAAUCAGUUCAUAAAUGGAAAUAUUGGAUGCAGUUUUAAGGGAUUAGAGAAGCUUUACAUAGCCUUUUAUGGUGGAGGAUGGGUAUAUAACUAUCAUGUGCUUAAGUGGAAUAUGAUUUCUUUAUGUGUCAUGCUGGUGUAGUAGGAAUGAAACAACUGAGGAUCUUUAAUCAAGCUCUUUCAGCUAAAUGGCAAUGGUAGAAGGAGGCUUUUUUUUUUUUUUUAAUUUUUAAUUUUUUCAUCUUUUUGAAUGAAGUGGUAUAUGCAAAGUAUGGUCGGUUCUGUGGAGAGUUUGGAGGAUGUUUAGGAAUAGAAGAGGAUAGGUGGUUUUGAAUUUUAAUAUCUUAUAAACACUUUUUGUUAAGAGUGUUUAUGAGGUGUUUUGACUAGCCAUUACUUGUUCGCUGGUUUAGCAGGUAUAGAUGAAAAGUCAUGAAUUUCAUGUUUUUGCAGAUUGGGUCUGCAUUUUACUGCUGACAAUUUAAGGUUACCCAAAUUAUCUACUAUCUCUAAACUGUCUACUUUUACUUAUUCGAUGAAACAAUUAUAAACGACAGGAGGUGUUCAAUCUAUUCUAAUAGUGACAUAGCAUGGUAAACUUAACGGAAUAUUUUGGGCUUGUACUGAUUAAUAUAUAAGAUUUUAGGACUGAUUAUGUUUGGCCAAUGGUUGGACUUUAUAUAUCCUAAAUUCAAAUCCAUGGCAAAGAAAGUUAAAGAUGGUAGUGAGAUAAGGUUCAAAGACAGAUAGGCUCUCUGACUUCUUCACAAGAUUAAAAUUACUUCUCAUAGUUCUGUGCUAAAUUUUGAGUUCCCCAAUAAGUAUCAACCUUCUAGUUUCUGUCCAAGCAAAAUUCUCUCAGUACAAGUGAUGAAAUGCAAUGGUCUUCGCCGAUCCUUGCUCUUAAUAAAAGCAAUAUAAAUGAAACAACAAUAGAUGGACUCCCUAAUAGAUUUUUGUUCUGCUCAUUUAUUAUGGCGUUUGUGGAUAGAAGAGCUUUUGGGGAAAAAUAUAAGUACUACCUCUGAUGUUAUAUUGGUAGCUUUUGAGGUCUUGUAAUCCUGUUAAGCACCAUCUGUUCUCAAAUUUCUGUUCAAUGCAGUAUAUGUUUGGAUAUCUUGAGUUCAUGUUCCUUCAUUCUGGUUAAAAAUGCAAUAGUAAGUUGUAAAGUCUUUUACCCAUUCUUAGCAAAUUCUAUAUUAGUUAUUUCAUUAUUUUUAAAACUAAGUAUUUUCAAUUGAGACUUGCUCUUGCAUGCUGGGUUUGGUACAUUAUUCAGUUCUGUGGUCUCAUACGAAGGGUGCAAGUAAUUUUAGAGUUCACAUUAUAGCCAUUAUGCAUUACUUGAGCUUUUAUAACGUCCAUAGCUUUGUGUCCUCUUUUCUAAAAUUUAUAUAAUGAUUAUGCAAGUUUGAAUGAAGGUAAUACUAUAGGAACUUACAUUAUAAUGAGCUAUUUAUCUGCUUCUAGCUGAGCAAAAUUUCAGUUGCAUUUAUCAUAUUUCUUUCUUGGGGACUGAUUCUAAGUACUUUGACACCCGCAAUUGAUUUAUUGAAGUUGUUGGUAGCUUAUUAGUUCUCUUGGUUGUUUUUUUUUCCUUAUUUACCAUGAAUGAAAAAUCGCUGAAAACAUGACACAGAAUAUGUAUAUGUAUACGUAGUUAGCAACAGGAUACGAACAGAAGUUACUGCUACUUUGCUGUUACCCAUCUAAAGACUUUGGCCUUUUGGUAUGGAUUCACAAAUGACACUGCAUAAUGGUGGAUGCCAUUGUGGCAGAGUGAGAUGGCUUGUUAAAGCACCAAGCAGUGUUGUAGCUUGGAAGUGCAACUGCUCUGAUUGCUCUAUGAGGGGCAACAUUCAUUUCAUUGUCCCGUCUGAAAGAUUUGAGCUUCUGGGAGAUUCCAAACAGAACCUUACCACCUAUACCUUUGGUACACAUACAGCAAAGCACACAUUUUGCAAGGUUUGUGGCAUAACUUCAUUCUAUAUUCCACGCUCAAAUCCAGAUGGAGUUGCCAUUACAUUCAGAUGUGUGGAUCCAGGAACACUCACCCAUGUUGAAGUUAAGUCUUAUGAUGGGAAAAACUGGGAAAGAUGGCACGAACAGUCUGGUAUUGCUGCAUGUUCAAAGACAUGACAGCAGGGCUGCUACGAUUAAAUGCAUAUUACUGUCACUUGCUGUAUGCAUCAUGUGAAUGUUAUAGGUGAAAUCUGGCUCCAAGGGUUAGGUCAGUUUUUGUGCAUUAUUAACUUGAUACAGGCGAUCGGGUAUAUAAUAAUAUUUGGGUGUUUUCCAUUGUUGCUUUGGUA